AUGGACAGUUUCCUGUCGACGAGGGAUGGCACCGACGGCUUUGACCUCAUUGUCGUUGGGGUGCAGGAAUGCCAAAGAGCGAUCGACGCCUCGUCCGCCCAGGACGCUUGGGAUAAAAAGCUCCUCGAAUAUAUUCUCUCCGACCACUGCCUUGUGAAGUCGGAGUCGCUUGGAGGAAUCCACAUCGCUGUGUUUGCCAGACACGAGCACAUCGCCCUGAUAUCCAGCGUCGGGAACGUCUUUGGCAAUAAGGGCGCCGCCUCGAUCUCGUUCACAUUCGCCGGAUCGUCGUUUCUGUUCGUCAACAGCCAUCUGACGGUAGCGCACCAGGAAAAGACGGUCGAGCGCAAUCAGGACUACCUUCGCAUCCUCGAGAACCAUCCACCUUUGCAAAAAUUCUCGCUUGUUGUCUGGUUCGGGGACCUGAACUACCGAGUCGAAGGAACUCGCGCAGUUGCCAACAAGCUACUCGCCGACGGCGCUCUCGAAGUGCUGCUCAAUAACGACCAGCUGCAAACUGAGAUGAAGAAGGGAAACUGCUUCCAUGGCUUCAUCGAGGCACCCAUUCACUUCCUGCCCACAUACAAGCUUGACGUGUAUUGUCCUGGCAGCACAGGCGGCGACUCUACGAAUUGGAUGUGCCUCUGA